AUGAGCGAAGCAGCGGCAGAACAGCAGCAGCAGCAGCAGCAGCAGCCCUCUGCAGGUCGUGUGGCUGCUGCUGUUGCUCGGGGCUGCAUAGGGCGCCCUAAAGUUGAGUGCACAGCAGAAUUUGCUGUUUCUUUGCUUAAAAAAGAAUUUGACUUAUCUGCUGCAGCAGAAGAUGAAAUACAACGCCUUCAACAAAUUGCAGAGAAAGUUCUGAAGGAAGUCGUUGAGGUUGCAUCGGGUUCUGAUGAAAUCGAAGCCUUCGCAGCAGCCGCAGUGGACAAAGAGGAUCCCUUUGAAAAGAAUGAAAAAACGAAAGAUGCUCAAGCAUGCGCCCCUGUAGCAACGAAAGCUGAAUUGCAGGCAGCUGUGAAGACACUCGGAAUGGGGCCUGCGGCUUACAGGGGUUUGCCGAAGGACAACCCUGCUGCCUACUGCAAGGGUUUGAGGCGUCAUCUGCAGGAGCUGCAGUCUCGCGUUUUGACGUUUAUAAAGAACAUUUCAGGAGACGUCUUAUCUUCGCUUCCGUCUGCUGAGCAGCUGUCUGAGCUGAAGAAAGCGGCGGAGGCAAAGAAGGAGCUCUCAUCGCUGGAUGCAUCGAACAUUAUACAAGGAAGACCCAAACGGCGCGCGGCGUCUUCUGCUGCGGAAGCAAUAAAGAGAGACAUUCAGAGGGAGUUAGACCGCGAGGCUGCUCAGGCGUCCUCUCAGCCUCACUCUAAAAAGCAAAAGACAGACAAAGAAGAAGGAGCUGCUGCUGCUGCAAGCAGCAGCAGCAGCAGCAGCAGCAGCAGCAACGGCGGAGACGUAGCAGAGCGAAAGAAAGCAAAGGAAGAAGAAGAAGAAGAUGAAGAAGAUGAAGAUGAAGAUGAAGACAGCAGCAGCGACAACUCUGAUGAAUCUGAUGACAGCAGCAGCAACAGCAGCAGCGGCAGCAGCAGCAGCUCGAAUGAUGACGAAGAAGAAGAAGACGAAGACGAAGACUGA